AUGUGUAAUCAAAUCUACUGUCUUCUGGCAGAGGAUAGUCGACGGACAAUUCGAGUAAAUAUGGCCAAGCCCAUGAAAGUUAGAGAAUUUUCAACUCGGCCUGUCUGGCAAGACGAUAGCUGGCUGCAAAAGCAUGCUGGAGAAACCUUGGGUGUCGGAAAGGAUCCCACUAAGGAUGCGGCGAAUGAAGAUAAAGAAGGUGACCCUGAAGAUGUGAAAGAAAAAUCAAACACCGAGGGCGCCGUCACACCUGGACCAGUUGUCAGAACUCCUAAGAAUCCUCAAGUCUACUUGGACAUUAAAAUCGGGAAAUUCACUGUAGGAAGAAUGUCAUUUGUUCUCAGGUAA